ACACACACACACACACACUCCCUCUCUCUCUCUCUCUCUCUCUCUCUCUCUCUCUCUCUGUAGGCGCGUCAACAGCUCGCGUGUGUGUCGCGGCGUCGCUCAGGAACUCAACAGGAGCCCGACCUUGACAGACUGAGAGACCGUCCUCCUCAUCCUCAUCCUCGGCGCGAGGUCCAGUUCAGCUCGCGUGAAGCUCAGCUGGUACUUCCUGGGGUGUAAGGGACUGCUGCUGUCACGAUGGACGCCCAAUCACAAGGCCAGCAGCCUCCAGUGUUUCAGCCACAGAAAAUCCAACAGGAUAUGGGCUAUAACAAUUUAGCCAAUUUUCACAUUGAAAAAAAGAUUGGAAGAGGACAGUUCAGCGAGGUUUAUCGAGCUACAUACAUGCUAGAUCAUACACCAGUAGCUUUGAAAAAAGUGCAGAUAUUCGACUUGAUGGAUGCCAAAGCUCGGCAAGAUUGCAUCAAAGAAAUAGAUCUCCUGAAGCAAUUGAACCACCCCAAUGUAAUUAAAUACCACGCAUCAUUCAUUGAAGAGAACGAGUUAAAUAUAGUACUGGAACUCGCAGACGCCGGGGACCUCUCACAAAUGAUAAAGCAUUUCAAGAAACAAAAACGGCUGAUUCCUGAGAAGACAGUAUGGAAGUACUUUGUUCAGCUAUGUAGCGCACUGGAGCACAUGCACUCCCGCCGUGUCAUGCACAGAGACAUUAAACCUGCCAACGUCUUCAUCACAGCCACUGGAGUGGUGAAACUGGGCGACUUAGGCUUGGGACGUUUCUUCAGUUCCAAAACAACUGCAGCUCAUUCUCUAGUGGGUACCCCAUAUUACAUGUCUCCCGAGCGAAUACACGAAAACGGAUAUAACUUCAAAUCUGACAUCUGGUCGCUAGGCUGCCUGCUCUAUGAGAUGGCCGCCUUGCAGAGUCCAUUCUAUGGGGACAAAAUGAACCUCUACUCGCUGUGUAAAAAGAUUGAGCAGUGUGACUACCCACCACUGCCAUCUGACCAUUACUCUGAAGAGCUGAGAAAACUGGUAGAUAUGUGCAUCAACCCAGACCCAGAGAAAAGGCCCGACAUCACCUACGUAUAUGACGUCGCCAAACACAUGCACGCCUUGACGAUCGCAAACUGAGUCUGCUACCCGAUUCCUCUUGCUUCUACUUUUAAGACCUUCGUCUGGCCCACAAAUGUCAUUUAAAGCUUGUUUUGCUCCAUCGUAAUGCAACCUGACAGCUUUCAGUACAAAAAAAUACAACGAGUCACAAAGCUAGGCCUUUUGGUUUACUAGAACUACACUCAAAAAGGCUAUAAUGACCAUUGCCCUUUACAUAUAGCACUUCUAAGAAGAAAAAGGAAAAAUAAGCAGUGUUGUAAACUGGUUUGACUUGAUUUUUGCUCUUUCCGAUGUUGAUACUAUGCGAUGAUUGCAUAUUUACCUGCAUUUUUUCAUCAUCAUUAGCAUGAAAUGUAAAUCUGACAUGCUUUUCAAAAUCCCACAACGACCGUUCCAAGAACAUUUUCACAGCAAAACCUUAUGAGAAAAACAUCUCUAUAUAAAAAGAA